GUUCAACCUACAUCACUGUAACUUCACCUCUCAACACCACCGACCCUUAUCCGCCGACACGGGACCCAGGGCGCACAACCGUGCGGCUCCCCCCCAACCAGCCAUCGCACUCACAAUUCUUUCCCCGGCGCACCUCCGGCAGCUUUCCAUCUACCUCGAUCGAGCCAACGUUCCCGAGGGCAGCAGCGCCCGCGCGCGGCAAGUCAGCUCCCAAUGGCCAACCUCGAGCCCCCCGGCGGCGGCUCGUCCGCCCCGGCCGUCAAGGAGCCCGGCCUGCGCGUCCCGAGCAGUGGCAAGACCAUCUACCACCGGCCGCUGAACCGCAGCAAGACGGCCGAGCUGAGCCAGGCGAGCUUCGCCUACCUCUUCGGCGAGAUGGUGACGUACGCGCAGCGCCGCGUCAAGGGCAUCCAGGAGCUGGAGCAGAGACUCAACCUGCAGGGCCACCCCAUCGGCAUCAAGCUCCUCGACCUCCUUCUGUACCGCGAGCCGCCGCGCUCGCAGCUGCGCCCGCAGACCAUCAUCUCGCUGCUGCACUUCAUCAAGCAGAACGUGUGGCAGCACCUCUUUGGGCGGCAGGCCGACCGGCUGGAAAAGUCAAACAACCCCGACACGCCCGACGAGUACAUGAUCAUCGACAACGAGCCCCUAGUCAACCAGUACAUCAGCGUCCCGCGUGAGAUGAGCCAGCUCAACUGCGCCGCCUUUGUCGCCGGCGUUAUCGAGGGCGUGUGCGACGGCGCCGACUUCCCCGCCCGCGUCACGGCCCACACGGUCGGCGAGGGCGACAUGUGGCCCGGCAAGACGGUGUUUCUGGUCAAGUUCCGUCCCGAUGUGGUUGAGCGCGAGGGCUUCCUCGGCAAGACGUAGCCAUAACGCACGCGUGGGGGCCGGUGCGGAGCGAAGGACGGAAUCACAUGGGUUGGAGGAGUUUCUGGCGUUUGUUGCGCAUCAUGGGUCAUCUUGAGCGGUUUGAAUUGAAGAAAUCCAUACAAAGACGCCAUGGUAUUUGUACUACGCAUAGUGCCGGGUCAAGCAAGACCCAAUAGUG